CUUCAACCAGUUCAGAAGCCGGAAGUGUAGUGAGAGUGAAGCUUCUCGCCAUAUUAGACAUUCUCUGGUCCUGCUUUACAUGUUAAAGAUGGCCGAGGUUGAUGAUGGGGAGCAGAAAACAACAGACAAAGAUGACUUGCGAGUGUUAAAGGAGCUGGUAGAUGAUCUUUACUCCUUUAGGGACCGUUACUUUGAGUCGCAUGGUGUUGAAGAUGCUGGAAGGAAACAGAAGGAUGUUGCUCAAGAAAUGGCAAAGACACUUAAGAGGCUGGAAGAAAAAGAAGAUUUGUACAAACACAGCGCUCAGUUCCUGCUGCAACGGGGUCGGUGUCUGAACGUGGCUCCGGGGUUCAGCCAGACUGCAGAGGAGUGUCUGUCCCGGGCUGUUAAACUGGAGCCAGGUUUGGUUGAGGGCUGGAACACACUGGGAGAGCAGUACUGGAAAAAAGGAGACCUGACAGCGGCCAAGACCUGCUUCACAGGUGCACUGCAGCAGAGGAAGAAUAAAGUGUCUCUGAGAAGCCUGUCCAUGGUGCUGCGACAGCUGCCACCGGAAGAAGAUGCACAGGAGCAGAGCAAACGCAUUCUGGAGAGCGUGGAGCUGGCCAGGCAGGCCGUGCAACUCGAUGUCACUGAUGGGACUUCGUGGUAUAUUUUAGGGAACGCGUACAUCUCCAUGUUUUUUACCAGUGGACAAAACCCACAGCUCUCUCAACAAGCCCUCAGUGCCUAUGCACAGGCUGAGAAAAUCGACAAAGCAUCCUCAAUGAAUCCUGACCUCCACUUCAACAGAGCUACGUUGUUCCAGUAUGAGGAGAUGUACAGUUCAGCUCUGGAUGGAUUCAGGCGUGCUGCAGCUCUGGAUCCUGGCUGGGAAGACGCUCGGGAGAGAGAAAAACAGCUGCUAAAUUACCUAGACCAGGUUAUAAUGUUAAUAGAGAAUAAGGGAAAAGUAAAAGCGCGGCGUCUUCGUAACAUGCUGUCCUCACUCAGUACCUCAGCUUUGGGCCCGUGCUCCUCCCCUCAGUUCCGGUCUCCCUCGGGCCGCGUGGGGAGCCUUGAACCCCGCAGCUUCUCCUCUCUCACUCAUGGCCACAACGGUGGGGUGGCAGCGCUAGGAAAAGUGGUCUUCAGCCUGGCCUCAGAGGGCCGUAUGGCCUUCACGUUUGGCAUGGUGGACAGUGAUGAGACCUGCUGUGUAGUCAUGGUGUAUAAUACAGCAGACAGCUGGGGUGUUUUAAUAGGGGAUACUGUAGUCAUUCCUGAACCACAGGUUAAACGGCACAGCGUAACGCAUAAAGAUAAGUCAUAUGACUUCCGAAGUAUACGUGUGGACUCUCCCUUGCUCCUUAUAGUCAAUGGGAAAAGACAGGUGAUGAAAAGCCAAAGUGCAGCCUUUGUUACUUACAAACCACAAAGCGAAUGAAAACCCAGAGAGAGGACGUACAGUGAGAUCAAUGAGGGUAGUGUUUUUCCAGUUUGUAUAUAUUCUGUUCUGUUCCUGUUUGUGAGGACAGGAAAACUCUUUGUACAUAUUUUUUUUUUCAUCAUUCAUUUUUUUAAUUUUCCUCUUGUUUGUUGAUGGGUAUUCACUGUUAAGAUUGUGCUGCAGUCUGUUUCAUAUUUGGGUUGUGAAAAUAAAAAAAAGAAAGAAAUCCCAGUCUUACUCUGAUCGAUUUGGCAGAUUCUACAGCUAAUAAACAUAAUUUACGUAGAGUUUUUCACAUAUUUUAAUUAUGAGUUAUUUUCCACAAUAAAGUCAUUUACAUUAGCGGAAACGUGUUGCGGGUAUUUACAGCAUAACACCUUCUUUAAACUGUGUAACAGCUUUAUCAAUAAAUAACCAACUUCAAAGAAAUAAACAGGAACAACUAUAUUUGGCAGUUCGAACUGAAAUCAGAAUUCAUAAGUGAAAGAAACAAGCAUCCUAGUGGAACUCAAGUCAAACUUAGUUUUUCUUGAUAAAAGAUUGGGCUCUGUCUCAGGUGGGUGUGCUGAACUGGAAGAAAGUUUUAGCGUUUUCUGGUCCCAGUGAGAAGAACCUGUCACCUUCUGGUGCCGGGAAUGAAGGACUGCUAUGCGGUGAGCGCUGUUUGACCAAACCUGAUGACAAUAAUUGCAAUGAUUUUUCAUAUUCUGUGCUUUACAACAGUUGAUCACAUCUGAACAAUUUCGUUCUCAGUGGGAUAAAGAACUCUUGACCUGAUUUUACUUAUGUAGGGUGAAAUAGACAAUUACAAUAAUUUGUUUAAAUAAGGAACCAUUAUACUUGUUUCUACCCAUUGCUUUUUUCCCCUGACCUGUAGUGAAAGGGUGGGAAAUGGGAUCUUUCUCUCCCUUUCCCAGAGUGUGCAUCCGUAGUGAGUCGAGAAGUCCCUGCAGCUUCUGAUAUUGCCUAUUUUGUUCAUUCAGUCGCUCCAAAACCUCAUUGUGUCUCCGCUUAUAUUCCUCCAGCACCUGGAGAAUGUAAAAGUUGAAUGUGAGGACACUGAGGGAUUGCAUGCUUCUGUGAAUAAAGUACUUGUACACACUUG